GAAUAAGCAGUUAGGAGGCCAAGACACAAGAAGUUAAAGAGCGCCUAAUAUAUACAUGUUUUUGAAGGCGGGCAGAGAGGGGGAAAAGUGCCCCCGGCGAGGGUCUAUGGGCCUGAUUGUAUAGUUAUGAUGGAGCCCCCUUUGAGCAAGAGGAACCCGCCAGCGCUGAGAUUAGCGGAUUUGGCAACGGCUCAGGCCCAACAGCUUCAGAAUAUGACAGGCUUCCCGGUGCUGGCCGGCCCGCCCGCCCACUCCCAACUCCGCGCCGCCGCCGCGCAUCUCCACCCGCGGGACCCAGACACUGACCCCGGCGCGGCCAGCACUGCGCUCGGACCCGAGCACAUGGCCCAGGCCAGUGGGCAUGGCCCCAGCCCUCCCGCUCAGGCGCUCCAGGGACAGCCCCAGGCUCCCGCGCCCGCUGCCCGCUCCGCCGCCUCAGAGGCGCAACCGGGCGCCCGCACCCACCCCGACGGCGGGGGCAGCGGUGGCGCGCAAGCCUCGGCGCCCCCGCCUCCAGCCCCUCCUCUUCCUCCCUCCCAGUCCCCCUCUCCCCCUCCCCCGCCUCCUCCUUCUGCCCUCUCGGGCUACACCGCCACCAACAGUGGCGGCGGCGGCAGCAGCGGCAAAGGCCACAGCAGGGACUUCGUCCUCCGGAGGGACCUUUCCGCCACGGCCCCCGCGGCGGCCAUGCACGGGGCCCCGCUCGGAGGGGAGCAGCGGUCCGGCAGCAGCUCCCCCCAGCACCCGACCCCGCCUCCCCACCCGGCCGGGAUGUUCAUCUCGGCCAGCGGCACCUACGCGGGCCGGGACGGUGGCGGCCCCGCGCUCUUUCCCGCGCUGCACGACUCUCCGGGGGCUCCCGGCGGCCACCCGCUCAACGGCCAGAUGCGCUUGGGCCCGCACCACCCCCACCUCCCGGGGGCGGCCGGGGCCUUCCUGCGCUACAUGCGGCAGCCAAUCAAGCGGGAGCUCAUCUGCAAGUGGCUGGACCCGGAGGAGCUGGCCGGGCCGCCGCCGCCGCCGCUCGCGGCCAGCAGCGCCAAGCCCUGCUCCAAAACUUUCGGCACCAUGCACGAGCUGGUGAACCACGUCACGGUGGAGCACGUGGGAGGCCCGGAGCAGAGCAGCCACGUCUGCUUCUGGGAGGACUGUCCGCGCGAGGGCAAGCCCUUCAAGGCCAAGUACAAACUCAUCAACCACAUCCGCGUGCACACCGGCGAGAAGCCCUUCCCCUGCCCGUUCCCGGGCUGCGGCAAGGUCUUCGCGCGCUCCGAGAACCUCAAGAUCCACAAGCGCACUCAUACAGGGGAAAAGCCUUUCAAAUGUGAAUUUGAUGGCUGUGACAGGAAGUUUGCCAAUAGCAGUGAUCGAAAGAAACACUCCCAUGUCCAUACCAGCGACAAGCCCUACUACUGUAAGAUUCGAGGCUGUGAUAAAUCCUAUACUCACCCAAGCUCUCUGAGGAAGCACAUGAAGAUUCACUGCAAGUCCCCCCCACCUUCUCCAGGAGCCCUUGGUUACUCAUCAGUGGGGACUCCGGUGGGUGACACUUUGUCCCCUGUGCUGGACCCAGCAAGGAGUCGAUCCAGCACUCUGUCCCCUCAGGUGGCCAACCUCAAUGAGUGGUACGUUUGCCAGGCCAGUGGGGCCCCCAGCCACCUCCACACACCUUCCAGCAAUGGAACCACCUCUGAGUCUGAAGAUGAGGAAAUGUAUGGGAACCCUGAAGUUGUGCGGACGAUACAUUAGAAUGGUUAUUAAUAAGUAAGAUAGUAAGUGGGAGUCCUUGGACCAUAGCCUAACCUGAGACAAACUGGUGACUCAGACUUGCCACCGGGUCUAAUUAGCCCUAUUUAUUCAGUAUGAAACCCUAUGGUGUUUAUACAUUUAAUUAAUUUAAUUAAGAUAUUUGGGGUUUUUUUUUCUCUUUCUCGUAAAAAAACAAAAAACAAACAAACAAAAAAAACAGGACUGGAGAUACAGCUCAGUGGUAGAGCGAUUGCCUAUCAUGCAUGAGGCCCUGGGUUCAAUCUCUUAACACUGAAGAAAAAGAAGGAAAAAGCAAACAAAUAAAAAGCAACCAAGCUGGACUUGUCCAUUGCAGUGAGACAGGCCUGGAGGCAGAGUCCAUAGAGGAAAAUUAGUAGAGAAAUUGAGAUGUACACUGCCAAUACAGUGUGUGUGUGUGUGUGUGUGUGUGUGUGUGUGUGUGUGUGAGUAUAUCUAGUAAAUGGGAGAAAAAAGAACAUUAAGUCAGACCUUAACAUAUCAACCAGGCCCUCUUCAUGUCCCGGAGUGCCUCUCAGAUGCCUUUGGCACCAUAAUGAGGGCUGCUUUUGAGCCUUCUUAUAGAGACCUAAUUCUGCAAAGGCCUCUUGAUUGUAAAACACACGCUUGCUGCAUUGACAGCAGAUCCUGGACUGUGCCUGUAUCCAAAAGUCUUUGUAUAAAACAAACAAACAAACAAAACCUUAAUUUCUGAUAUUUAUCAUUUUAAUUCCUAUGCUUUUAUUACCAAUCUCACCGUAACAUGAUAUUUUUAUACAGGAUUGUUCCUUCAGUAUCUUUCCUUGUGUGAUUUUAAAAAAAAUGAAGCAAAAAUAAAUAAAUAAGCGAAGUGCAGCCACCGUGCUGUAUCCCCCUGUAUCAUGCUACUGUGAUUGUUCAGACAGAAGAGCUGCUAAGACAGACAGCUGGGAAACUGUGAUCUUUUGUAAACUAGUGUAGUUCAAGUGCUUUCUUUUCCCUCUGCUGGGUUGUGCUGCCCUUUUGUUUUUAAACUGGGAAUUUUAGAUGCUGCUUCCUCUUGCUGCAUCCUAACUGGUUGGGUAAUAAGGAGUCAUGAGUUAUGUUUUGACCAUGAGUUUUUUGGGGUGCCAGCAUGCACAGUAAAGGCUGAGGAGGUGUUAUGGUGGCAUACUGCCUAUUUUUUAAAGCUUUUUUUUUUUUUUAAAAAAAAACAGGCCAACUCCUUUUUAUACUACUGUGCCAACCUUUUUUAAAAGUUAUUUUUAAUGCAUUUCUUUCACCUGCGCCAUGAGCACUGAGUCCUCUUCCAUUUGAAAAUGACAGUAUGAAGUAUAUGAUUUACAUUACAAGAGGAGGAGUUGCUACCACCAAACACUGAUGAAUGUGUGACCUUUGCCAGGGCUGUCAAGCCAGGACACAAAAGGUCAAGGACCUAGGACAAUAACUCUUGGUCAGUUUAUGUUCAGUUGGUACAACACAUCUCCUGUGCAAACUGUAGUCCAGCAGAAACAUCAUACAUAUACUAAAGAGCACUAAUUUAUCCUCAGAGACCUUGAAGACACCCCCCGCCCCAGGAUUUGUAGAAAUCUGUUUUGUGUGCUGUGAGUGGUUGAUGUAGUCUUGUCAUUGUUAAUAAGUGUCUAUGAAUACUUUUAUUUGUACAGUUUUUUAAUUAAUUUAUUUUUGAAGAUCUUUUUUUUUUUUUUUUCUGGAAGAGUUCAAAGCACACCAAAGAAAUAUAUUAUACAUUCUGGUGAAAGAUUGUCAUUUAUGAUCCAUGGUUUAUUUAAGAAAAAAGAAAAGAAAAGUGGGAAAAUAUAAAAUAUAUUUUUAAGCUUACUUGAAUGGACAAGGUAAUGUGAAAACCCAAGACUCUUCCUGCAUGUCUUUCUGCCUUGUGUUGAUGAGAUUAUAGUUUAUAGAUAUAAACUAUACAAUGUUUAGUUAUACUAGUACAAUGCAUGGUGCUGUUAUGUGGACACCUUUCAAUGUUGUCUUCAGAUUGUUACAGUAAAUAGGACACAUGCAGACCCUCCUUUACAAAGAGAAAGACCUACAACUUGAAUAUAAAAUAAUUCUACAUUUUAAAAGUUUAUUUGAUUUUUUUUUUCCUGUUAUUUACUUUCAAGGUCCUUUCAAAUAGAAAUGAUAACGUAUGAACUUGGGUGGGAUAACUUAUGUACUGUAAAUUUGUUAGGACAAAAUAUUCCUGAUGUACAAGUUGUUUUAUUUAUACAACUUUUUCAAUGGUAGUUUGCACUAUUCUUUAUCAUGUUACAGGUUUAUUUAUUAUGAAACAAAGGAAUAUGUAUUUUAUGUAUUUUGCCAUGCAUAGGUUAACUCUGCCACAGAUUUAUUGGUUCCUGAUGCACCGAAAAUAAAACCUUAAAGUGUGUACCUCCACUAGAGAGAAAGCGAGACUGAUGAUGGAAUGACAAAUGUAAUAAAGGUAUUCUUCCUAUGUAUUGCUGCAUUUUA